UGAUUAUUAAAUCUUUGAUUGGCUAAUCUAUAAUCUAAAACAAAUAUGGCGGAUUCAACUCUCGUCUUUCGUCUUUCAAAAAUUUUAAUUGACGAUAUAUUUUCUUACUUGGAACAACAGAAUGUUUUCUGUUAGGAUUGCAGAUGCAGAUUUUUACGUGGGAAAACCUAUAGAUGGCUUAGAUAUUUUGUUUUCUAAAUUUCGCGAGGCGAAUGUUAACUGUGUUCCAGUUUUGAGAAUCUUUGGCUCAACUCCUGGUGGACAGAAAACUUGUGCUCCUAUUCAUCAAGUAUUUCCUUUUUUAUACAAAACUUACGAUGGAACUAAACCCACAGAUAAAUAUCUGAAACAAUAUACGACAAGUGUAGACUUUGCUGUUCAAGUUGCGUUCGGUAGAACAUCAUCUUCUAUGAAAUAUGUUCAUAAAACUGAAAUUGUUAAGAAAAUACUAUUUUAUGGUUAUCAUGAGAACGAAGAAGAGUUUAUUAAGAUAGAGUUGUACAAUCCAAGAAUAAUUCCCAAACAUGCUGAUCUUCUUCAGAAUGGAGCUAUAUUGAACAAGUCAUUUCAACCACACGAAGCUCAUGUUCCUUAUAUUCUACAGGAGUAAAAAAUGGGCUGACUUUUCUACCGACAUCAGAGAUGCAACAUUUGCAUGUAUAGGUGCCCACUUUGCUAUAAUUAUACAUCAGAUCUCAGGUGCCCAAUAAAAACAUUCCAUUUUGGAUUAUAG